AUGUCUGCUAGCCAGAAACUCCAAUCUUUCGACCCCUUUGCUGAUGCAAGUAAGGGUGACCAUCUGCUUCCUACUGGCACUGAGGAUUACACCCAUAUAACAAUUCAAGAGAGAAACAGCAGGAAGACCCUUACCACUGUCCAAGGGAUCACUGAUGAUUACGAUAAAAAGAAACUAUUGAAGAUGUUUAAGAAGAAAUUUGCCUGCCAUGGUGCUGUAAUUGAGCUUCUAGAAUAUGGAGAAGUAAUUCAGCUACAGGGUGACCAGCACAAGAACACAUGCCAGUUCCUGGUAGAGACUGGACUGGCUCAAGAUGACCAGCUGAACGGAGUUUCAUGGGCUUUAAGUGCUUUAGGCUUCACUGAAGCUUAAGUGAGGAUUUCCUUGCAAUGAGUACAAUUUCCCUUCUGUCCCUUUUCACAAGUUUAAAAAAUCUCACAGCUUGUAUAAUGUAACCAUUUGGGGUCCGCUUUUAAUUUGGACUAGUGUAAUUCCUUCAUGCAAUAAAUGGAAAAGAGCCA